AUGGAUAUGGUGGACAGCCCAGGAUAUGGGCCAAAGUACAUGAAACCAAAAAAGUCAUCAAACUUUCAGACAGAACUUCAACAGAGGUUACAUGAGAGGCGCAAACAGGGAUUGACUGCAGAUUUGACUGAUGACAGUGAUGUUCCAGAAGACUUGGAGCCAGGCGGAGAUGAUGAUUAUGAUCCAUAUGCACAGUAUCGGACAGACUUCCAACAAAAGAAAGGCAAUCGCCCAAGUUCUGCAAAGCGUCGUUCCCCUCUCGAACAUCAAGCAGAUUUAUCCCUCACUGACACCCUCAGACCAGGGGCAGGUGAUCGCUUCAUGAAGAAAGGAGGGUCAUCUGCUGGAAAUAGUAGUAUGCCACCACUAAGCUCACCAAAGACUCCACCUAGGGACAGAUAUAGCAUGGAAAUGCCUUCCCUCACAUCACCAAAACUGUCCCCUAAAGGGAGUUCAAGCAUGAGGCCUUACGGGGAUAAUAAAGGGGGACUAUCUCCAAAGGGAGAUAAAUCUAAUUCAAAACUGAAGCAAGAACAACCGAUGUCUGCAUCAGACAUGAUCUUUGGAAGAAAAACUCCAACAAGUGAUUUGCAAGGAAGACUUACACAAGACUCUAACAAGCCAUGGCAAGCACCAAACCUGAGAAAGGCAAGUCCUGUCAUGAUGGAUGAUGAUAGGGGAUCCGGAGAUAGAGGAGUAUCACCUACCUCAGGAUUGCGAGGCAGAACUACACCAUCGCUGGAGUCCUCCCUGAGGCCAAUAUCAGAGACCCCAUCUCCUAGACCACGCCAACUAUCAGGGGGAACAACUCUACCGAGAGCAACAAAAGGGACAGAGGGAGAGGUUCCUCGUCCACGCCCAAGGAAUACCACUGACAUAUUUGGUAAGACAUCCACUGUGGAGGUAGAAUUGUCUGAUGAUGAGGAUACGCAAAGACAGCAACGAUUCUCAAAAUUGAGUCCUGGUCGGAAAACUCCAACAGACCUCUAUGGAGGUAGGAAAACUCCGACUGGUGGACAGAGAAUGCCUGGACUUUCUGGCAGGCAAACUCCAACUGAUCCAAUGGGGAGAAAAACACCCACAAGAGACUUGCAGGGCAGGAAAACACCAACAAAUGAUCCACAGGGUAGAAAAACUCCAACAGGGGUUUUCCAAGGCAGGAAAACACCCACAAAGGAUAUGUUGGGUAGGAAAUCUCCAACAGGUUCAGCAAUCAGCCAAGGUCAAAGAGCAAGGUUCUCUAAACAAGGCGACCGAGAGGAGCCCCCACCAUUGAAAAAAGAGGCAAGUCUCCUUGACUUCUUGAAUGAGGACUCUCCAGAUCCACGAAAAAAGAAACAGGACACAAAACCUAGACUACUCAGAGAUGUCUCCAACGAUUCAAUUGAUGAUGAAUUUGAGCAAGCAAACAAAUUUCUCACUAAAAAACAACAGCAGCAACAAAAAACAGUGGAAAAACGUCCUUUGAAAAGUAAACAAGAUGUUAUGCCUAAGGGGAAAAGUUCUGAGGAUUUGUGGUCAUCAAGAAAUAUAGAUGAGAAAAUUCCUAUGGACCAAAGUUCUGUGUGUGCUGAUGUUGAAAAUGACCCAAACAUGAGGAUGACAGCGACCCAAGGUGAAAGCAGAAUGGUUAAUGGCUCCAAAUCUGGAAAGAUGACAAACGGCCAGGUGAACAAUGAAAUCAUAGAUAUGGUUGCCGAGGAACAAGAAAAGCAUGGACCAGGUCAUAUCAAACCCAUUCAGCCUGACAAAGAAAAGUCAAAAAUAGAUGAUGGUAAACGUCAAGUCCAUAAGCCUAAACCCCGUCACUCCUUGCCUGGGACCCCCAGCAGCAUAGGAAAUCUUACUGAGGAUUCACUGAACAGCACUCGCUCAAUUAGGGAUGCUAUAUACACAGAAUGGAGAAAAGAAAAGAUGAAGUCUGCCAAACAGCAGCUUGCUGAAAAGAAGAAGAAAGAGGAAGAAACUACGAAACAGAAAGAAGAGGAAAAACAGGAAAAAUUCUUGGAAAACAAGGCUUCUUAUAAUGCAUGGAUGGAGAAAAAGAAGGAAACAACAUUGAGAGAUCAAGCACGAGAAAAGAAAAAAGAGGAAGAGAAAAAAAUUAGGGAAGAGAGAGAAAAAGAACAGAAGAGAAAGGAAGCUGCAAAGAAUUUCGAAAUUUGGAAAGAAACGAAGACAGAGCUUAUGAAAGAGAAAAUCAGAGAUAAAAAGAUGACAGAAUAUGAAGAAAAGAAGGAGAAAGAUUCUGCUAAGAAAGCUCGUGAAAAAUUGAGUACAUCAGCUUUCAAGGGAUGGAAAUCAAAGAAAGAUAAUCUCAUUAAAGAUCAAGUUAAAACUAAAAAAACCAUGACAAAACAACAAGUCAAAAUGCAAGAAAAGCAAAAACACCAACAAGAGGAGGACGCCUUACGUCAAUAUCAUGAUUGGUUAGAGAGAAAGGAUGCUCAAAAGAAGCAGGAGAGAAAACAAAGAAGAUAUGGUUCUACUGAGGAUCUGGAGGAUCGACCAGCUUGGAGUCCUGCCAAUAGAACAAUCCCGUUUGGACGGUGACAACAAUUCACCCAUAUUUCUUGUGCCUAAGAGAGACUUAGAGACACUGUUCCAUCUGUCAGCCAUACUUUCUGUACAACUGAAGAAUCCGUCCCUAGAUAGAUGUACAGUGGUUUUAGAAAUAUAUAUGUAUAAUUAGAUAGAAAGUUCAAAUAAGUUGACAGGGACAUAUCAACAUUGCAAGGAUAUUUAGCCAAGAAUCGGCCAUCAGCAAUGAUAGUUAAGAGGCUGGGAGAUGUGAAUGAUAUAUUUGUUCUUGCAAAAUUAUGUUUAGCAGAGAGGUAGAAAUUAAAAACAGUGAAAUUACAUGAAAGUGUCAAUGUAUUUUUUGUGCUUGUUGACUGUAAAUUGUAGCUUGCAAAUAGAUUAAGAAUCUGCA